UGGCUUCAGGUUUCCUGCUGAGAGACAGGAGAAGCAGCCAGAGGAGGCAAGCUAGAAAAGUCAUCUGUGCUUACUUCAGCAUCAGUUAAUAGUUAAACCUGUUGCAACCAAAUCUCAAAUCUUUGAUAGGCCGCUUGUUUUUUGUGUCAAAAACUUGUAUUAUGAAUGAAAAUCUCCUGAGACUUUAGUAUGUCUUCCCCUGACAGCUUUCAUUGUAAAGACAGUGUGCUCUUGAAAGGUUUAUCCUACUACACUGACGAUGGGUUAUGUGAUAGUUUGGAGGGGAGCUCUGUCGAACUGACUGAUGUGUUUGAAGACGAAGGGUGUGAGGGUGAGGUUUGGACUCCACCACCAACCGAACUGACGUGCAAAAUAGCUGCCCAGCUUGAGAACUACCUCUCAGAUGAGAAUCUUGAGGCGGAUGCUUUCCUGUUAAAACAUGUCCAGAGAAACAAGAUGGGUUAUGUCAGCCUGAAGUUGUUGACCUCAUUCAAAAAGAUACGAGAUCUGACGCGUGAUUGGCGCACUACUCUGGCUGCUGCCCAAACUUCUCAGCACCUGGAGGUGAAUGAGAUGGGAAACAAGGUACGACGGAGAACACCAAUCCCUGACCACCUGCUCUGCCUCCCUACUACUAAGCUGCUGCUUGUCUGGAACUUCCUGGCCGGUGCUGGUUCUACCAAAUUCGAGGAAAGUGGGUCAUCUAGAUCUGAUCAGCAAGGGAUCAUGGAGACUGCUAUGUACAUGUUUGGUUCACAUGGUGCAAUCACUUCUCUUCGUAUACUCCGCCCAGGAAAAGAAAUUCCUGCUGAGCUUAAACGCUAUGCGAAAAAACAUAAUGAGCUUGGGCGAAAACUUUGUGCUGUCAUUGAAUAUGAGUACUUGGAUGGUGUGCGCAAGGCAUAUGAUAUUCUGAAAGCCCAGGAGCAGGCGCAAGGUGGGAAAGGUAUCCAUGUUGUACUCCUUGGGAGCCAGGGAACACGGAAGCAAGGGAGCAGUCAGGGCCGAGCAGAGUUGGAGUCAGAGGAGAACGUCGAUAAUGACUGCAAUACAAGGAGAAACCGGAAGUCCAAAAAGCACUUCUACUGCCUGGAAGAUUCAGUUUUGUACAGUUCCUCAGAGUCGGACUUCACUCCAGCCUCACCACGUCCUAACCGUAGAGUUUCGCGUCCUCAGGCUCAGUAUGGUAGUCCCCUGGCCAUCCCACGAAUUUCCACUUCCCAUUCUGACCCUUAUCGAAACCCUCUGAACAGCCCGGUAGGCAGUCCUCUCUUGCCACACAAGCUUUUUCCUGGAGGUCAUGCUGCUUCACCACUAGCCACUUCUCCAUUAAGCAGUACUCCAACUUCCACCUGUUAUUCCUCAUACCAUAGAAGCAAUUGCUCAGGGGAUUUCUUGCAGGAUUGCACUGGGUAUGGAGGGAGUCCAUGGGUCCAACGGCGCAAAAAUGCUGCACAGGCUUUUUAUCCAGAGAAAGGUUGCCCAUUGCCCUCAGAACCGAUAAAGGGAGCUAUCAGUUUGCUAGUGGUGCGCCAGCCAUUGGGCCCUGAUGGUACUAAAGGUUUCCACAACUGCAUUGGUAGAGGGAAGGUACUGCUGCCACACUGAUGCCCUGGUGGAUCUCCGAAAUGAGUUUGCAGGGUGAUAUCCAGUGCAAAAUGUUUUUUUUUAUAAGUGUUUCAAUAA